GUAGCAAGCACGGACGACGUACCGCAGCGUGAUGAGUGUGUGCGGGGCUCUGUCGCAGGGUGCUUGACGCCGAUAGGCUCCAGUGUGCCCUGAUAAAGUUGAAAGCGACGCGGGAAGAACGUCCCGUGCUUUAGCCGAGGAUGACCUGAUGCUGCGGCGGCGCGCGCACCAUCCCCGACCGCAGCAGCAUGCCAGCCAGCAGCGAUCCAUGGAGCCGCGACUAGAUGGCACCGACUACGUUGUCCAGACGGCCGCACGCCAGGGUCAAGUCUCAGGAGGACAUGUCCUCGCUGGCGGUGCGGCUCCUGCCUCGACUGGCCGCGGUGGCCGUGUGCCUGCUGUUCUGCUACGGCAUCCUGUACCGGAACAUGAAUAGCGGCCGGCACCGGCCCGACAUGUCCUGGCUGCUGGCGCAGCAGAACCUGCGGCUACUCGUGCCCAACGACUCGCUGCUGGCGUCGCCGCGCGCUCCGUGUCCCCGCUUCCUGCUGGUCGUCGUCUGCUCGGCCGUCGCCAAUGGCGCCGCACGGCGCGCCCUUCGCGACACCUGGCUGCGCGACGCCGCGUCUCCCGCUGUGCGCGCCUUCUUCCUGCUCGGCCGCACGGCGAACGCCUCGCUGCAGGAGCAGGUGCGCGCCGAGAGUGAGGCGUUUGGAGACAUCAUCCAGGCCGACUUCAUGGACACCUACAAUAACCUGACGGUCAAGUCGGUAGUGCUGCUCAAGUGGGUCGACAAGAACUGCCCGCGCUCUCGCUACGUCCUCAAGACGGACGACGACAUGUACGUGAACGUGCAGAACCUGGUUAACUUGCUGCGCACCAAGGGCAGCCGCCGGAUGCUCCUGGGGUGCCUGAUUAAGGGCGCGACCCCGGUUCGCGACUGGACCUCCAAGUGGUACGUGCCGCCUUUCGUGUACACGCACCACACGUACCCAGACUACCUGUCCGGCACCGGCUACGUCAUGUCCGGUGACGUGGUGGGCCCGCUGUACCGGGCGGCGCUUGACACCCCCUUCUUCUUUAUGGAGGACAUUUUCGUCACCGGCAUGGUCGCCCAGAAGCUGGGCCUCAAGCCGGCCAACUCAAACGGCUUCAAGUUCUACAAGCGCAAGAACGAUCCGUGCCAGUUUCGCCGUCUCAUCACGGCGCACUUGAUGACGCCCACUGAAUUACGUGCCAUGUGGACCAAGGUGCAGGACACGACCAUCAAGUGCUCCUGAUGGUGACCGAAGGGUGCUCCCCGUCGUGGGGCGGCCCCUGUGAAAUCGCGUCUACCGACAACGCCGUCGCGAAGGCGGCAACCGCGCUGAACAGCCCGUCUGCUGUGCGAGAGAUCAAAAAAGUCACGCAGCCAGGUUGUGAGCAGAGAAAACGUCGACAACUCCACCAGCACUGCUCGCGUCAGUCAUCGACCCGUGCUGAACAGCGCGCAGGGUUCACGCCUACCGAGCCGUGUUUGUUAUCCAACGGCUGGCGGUUAUCCGUAAGUUAGGUUCUCUGGAAAGCGUAAGUCAACCGACAGCGCCUAGUUCAUCAGCGUAAGAACGCGACUAUCUCAUAGCAUAAUCCUCCGAAAUACAGUGGCCCACGGUGUGCAUGUUGUUCCAGCUAUUCGCGGAGGUAAUAAUAUUGUUAGGCGAGAAGUUUAGGCGCCUACUGUGCCAUCAUUUAUAGCAGUCGCAUUUUGUUUGUGUUCGCUUUCUAGUAGGUUAUUUAUUGGGUACAUAUUGGAUCAGCGUGCAUAUACCUGUUGAUUUUUAUAGGUUACAAAAUAGGCGUUAUUGCAAAUUCAGGCCAUAUUGAACAAAGGUUGCGAUUGGCCGUCGUCGAUGCAUUUCAUUAAGAAGGAAUGUGGCUGCCGUGUGUCGCAAGGGUCGUCCGCGCUGCGCCCUUCUUCAAGGGCAAAUACGGACGGCAGCAGUCAGUGAUUGUGACGAAUGAUGUACUCACUGGUCAUCUUUUUUUUUUCUGUCUCUCUUUAGUUGAUAAUGUGCAGAGUGUGAAGGGCUCCUGCACGCCCUUGUUUUCGGCUGCGUGAUGAUGUCGCCUUUAUAUUGACGAAUAGUGAUGAUAUCGCCGAUGUGAUAUUACGAAUCUAGUGGUACACAUACAGACACCCAAUUGCGCUUACACACUCAUGAAAGCGGUGACGCGACCUGUUGGUGCUUUUUAGCAGAGAUGCCAUAAUGCGUGCUUUUGUGGAGAGCAGACCCUUCUGUCUAUGGAAGUGUAUAAAGAUAUGAGUCACACUUUUUUCUUUCAUUGCGUACAGUGCAGUUGACUGUUAAAGAAAACAUGUAAACUUGGAACUGUGCCAUGUGUGUCCUGUGGCAAGUAGUGCAUGGAAUGCAGUCAAAGCUCGAUAUGAUAAAUACGAAUAUAACGUACUAUCGGCUAUACUGAAAUGAGGAAUAGUCUCUCCAUUGAUACAGUGUUACAAGUUUUGGUUCACAAAGGAAUAUUCGGAUAUAACGAAUCCAUUUUUCAAUCGUAUGCAAGUUGUUUGUAAUGCGGUUUGUCUUACACUGACUCUGAAAUAGAUGACCUAUGUGUGAUUGCAGUAAAUUCACAGAGAGUCAGUGCUUCAAAUUAGAACACCAGCAAAGGUGAGCACUUCAGCAUUAAACUCAACGGGUAACUGCAGUGUAAUGUAGAAAGUAUUUGGAAAACGGGCGAUAAAAAGACCUUGUAGCGCUCAUGAAGACAGGCAGUGCUAACAGCUACUGUAUACUCCAUCGCGAUAGUUAAAAUUAAUUGAACUCAAAGGAAAGUACGCUCGUGCAUAGCUGAGUGAAGAUUCAGUCACUCUCGUGGAAACGAAUGAAAACGUUCAGUUUACCCAGCAUUGCGAUGUCCCGUGAAAACGGCCGUUUGAGAGGAAUAGUAUAUUCGAGCUUAGUAGCAAUACUUCUUUCAAUGUUGAGCCAUCACCCUGAAUAACUGGAUAACCAACUAUGCCUUGAGUCAGUUAUUACAUUAAAAAGGUGCGUACAGAAACAAACGUGAGUGUGCUGCAUACAGCUACGCUCUACUACAGCCACUGCCCUCCCAUGAAACAGUUCACACAGAUUCUGCACCUAAUGACUCAAUUUCAUUUUUACUGUGUUCAUCCAAAGCCCUGCAAAGAUUUUUCAGCGUAGGUCAGAAAAUAUUGCUGAUCGAUUAUCGAGGCUCCUGAAAAUACGCGAGCCAAACAAUAUAGUGCAGCAAUCGGCUUAGAAUGUAUACCACUAAUUCUCAAAAUUGGCUAGAAAUCGUUCCCUCUUUCUUUCUACAAAUGAUGCCAUAUGUCCAAAUGACCGCGUCGUAUACCCAAAGUCCACGGCCAUUGGCUGAUUUGAACAUCGUGAGCUGCAUAGCUUCAGUGCCUGCCACGUGUGCGCUCGUAAUCGCACUGAAAUUAAGCUGUGCUUUCGAUUAAAAAAAAAGGUAGGUCACGAUAUCCCAUCUCUUCCCGCUUAGCUUCGAGCACGCUUGUCACGCCGAGAGAAAAGAGAGAGCAAUUACAGCUUGCAAUGAAUCUCCCCACCUGCGCUCGCACAUGGCGGGUGCUAAAAAAUUUUUGCGGUGAUAGAUUCGCGAGGCAAUAAAAUGCUCUAACUAAGCCGUUAGAUGGUUACUUCGGAAAGUGUUGCAGCGCACCUUGAAGGCGGCCGAAUUUCGCCUUUCAAAUGCGCGUUUACGUCGCUCAUUUUAUAAAUAAAUGCGAAUCUCCCGAACAAUGGGCAUCGGCACUCAGCCGAAGAUGACGUUUUGGUCAGAAGUGGCAGUUUUUUUAUAUUAUUUUACAAUACGACUAUAGCAUUUAUUAGCAGAGGGGAAGUUAAAAAAAAACAAGUAAGAACAGUCAAAUGACUAAACUCUCUUAUCUCUUACCGAGGUGAAUAACAUGCCUAAUGUGGCUUCGUGGCUUGAGAUUACAUGCACUCACGGAACCUAGAAUAUACGCUCUUAGUUUGACGAUCAAAGGCCGCAGCAAGCAUUAGGAGAACGCGCUACUUUCGGCCAUAGAAAAAUACAUAGAUCUGUAUCCUUUCUCAUUCUAAGAUGGCGUCUGUCCGUAUUCAUUGACUGCACUCUAUUUAUAACUUCCUUCGUGGGGCGAAGCGAACUCUGUUGCAUCGGAGCGCCUUCGAAACCCACUGACUCAUCGCAUAAUACAUGCAAGUGCCAUGACUGGAAAAUGCCCUUUGUGAUCUAACUCGCGAAGUCAUUGUGGGAAGCUGGUUAAUGAGUGAGUGUGCAGAAUGAUUUGUUCGCUGCACUUUAAUAAUUUUUCCUGAAUUAUUUUUUGCUUUCGCAUAAUUGUUGCUCUAAAGUGCUUCGAGUGGGAUGGUGUGCGUCUGUGAUGAAGGGCAGAAAACUAAAUGUUGCUUAUAAAGCUUAAUGACGCAGUCAUGUCUUCUUUAUUUUCUUCCUAAUAGAUGGCAUCACUACCUCUUCUUUUUUUUGUCUCGCUGCGUCGCAACCACAUGGGCCUCGCGUGUUGGUCUGAGUUGUUUUUAGGUUGUGCACACGAUCAAGUCAGUGGUUUGUAUAGUAUGCCCACAGUAUGCAUUUCAGCGCGUCGCGAAUACUAUAUAGUAGAAAUGUUAUCUCUGUCACACAAAGAGCACCACCACGAAAUGUUUGUACAUUGUUACGAUAAAGCUAGAAGAUUUUAUAUAUAUGAAGGAAAA